AUAAGAGCAGCCGUGUGCUGUCAGUGGCAGUGGAGGCGCAAAAUACCCUGAUUUUCAUCUCGGAUUAGAACUGUUUCCUUUAUGUAUUUUAAUGACGCUCGCAGACGUUUCCCGUGCUGGAAGAUAAUGUCGCGUGCUAUUAACGUGUCUCUCGCGGACCCGGCGCAGGUGCUGUGGCACUAGUGAACGACUCCCGGAGAAAUUGGCAGACAUGCGGGUGCUGCUGGGAUGGAGCGUGCUGUGGGCUCUCGUCGCCCCGCUGAGAUCCCAGAACGAUACGGAGCCCAUCGUGUUGGAGGGCAAAUGUCUGGUGGUUUGUGACUCCAACCCGGCCACCGACUGGAGGGCGUCUACUUCGCCGCUGGGCAUCUCGGUGCGCGCCUCCAACUCCAAGGUGGCGUUCUCGGCGCUGCGGAGCAACAACCACGAACCCUCCGAGAUGAGCAACAAGACCAGGAUCAUUUACUUCGAUCAGGUUCUUGUAAACAUUGGAAACUUUUUCACAUUUGAGUCUGUGUUUUUGUCCCCAAGAAAAGGAGUCUACAGUUUUAACUUCCAUGUCAUUAAAGUGUACCAGAGCCAAACAAUACAGGUGAACCUAAUGUUAAAUGGGAGACCUGUCAUCUCAGCCUUCGCGGGCGACAAGGACGUAACCCGUGAGGCCGCCACAAAUGCAGUUCUGCUCUAUUUGGAAAGGGAGGACAAAGUCUACCUGAAAUUGGAGAAGGGAAACCUGGUCGGUGGAUGGCAGUACUCUACAUUUUCUGGCUUUCUCGUCUUUCCGCUGUGAAAAAAAAAAGAAUAGAACAGCAGUCUGGAAACUCACUGACUUCUCAUGAUGUGUCAUUGCUGUGUAAAUCAAAACACGUCUGCUAAAGCAGCAUCCCAAAACAAGUUUUUUAUGCCCCCAUGGAGAGACGUCCCCCAUUCCUUAGCACUUUAUUGUCAUGACCACCAUUGAAUUUAAGGAUAAAGCUGCCUUUAUUUAUUUAUUUAUUAUUUUUUUAAGUGUCGUUGCCAAAAUGCAAAUACUGGUAGGACAUGAAGGCAGUUGGUGUGAGAGCAGAGGAGGCAGAGGACUGGGUUAGAUGGAGUCAACUGAUUUGCUGUGGCGACCCCUUAAUGGAAAAGCCAAAAGGGAAAGAAGAAGAAGAAGGAAGCAUUUGUGGCUAAAAUCGCAAACAUAUCCUUGCGGUCCAGUUUUAAAAUCACAUAUGUAUACUUUAAGAAAAUGCCAACAACUACAGCAUAUACAGUCCCUGACAAAACCCUGACUUCAAAUA